GAGGGGGCGGUGCGGGGGCAAGAGAGGAAGGAAAGUAGAUCUAUGAGACUUGAGUGAGGAAAAAGUUUGCAAGUCUCCACAGAAGGCAAAAGUGCUCCCCAGAGACCGGCUUUAGGAAGGGGAGGGGAAAAGAAAAGAUAGGUAUUUUUUUUUUUUUUCUCCUCUACUCUUAAAAAGCUUCUUUCUCUUCACCCAAGCCAACCGGCCCAAUUGGGACGCCCUCGCUGUCCCUCACCGGCUCUGGCUCUCUCCCAGCAAACCCUUGAAGAUUAUGUCAGUUGAUCAGAGUCAGUCGGGGAUUUCGUGUGGGCGCUGAAGGAACUGCGGGAGCCGGAGAAGAAUGCAACUGCGUGGAGUCCGCUUGGCUGCCGGCUUGUUCUUACUGGCCCUGAGUCUAUGGGAGCAGCCUGCAGAGGCUGCGGCCUGCUAUGGAUGUUCCCCGGGAUCAAAGUGUGACUGCAGUGGUAUAAAAGGUGAUAAGGGAGAAAGAGGAUUUCCAGGUUUAGAAGGUCAUCCAGGUUUACCCGGAUUUCCAGGUCCGGAAGGACCUCCCGGACCACGAGGACAAAAGGGUGAUGAUGGACUUCCAGGGCCACCAGGACCAAAAGGAAUCCGAGGUCCUCCUGGACUGCCCGGAUUUCCAGGAACACCAGGUCUACCUGGAAUGCCGGGUCAUGAUGGGGCCCCAGGACCUCAAGGUAUUCCUGGAUGCAAUGGAACCAAGGGAGAACGUGGCUUUCCAGGCAGUCCUGGUUUUCCUGGUGUAGAGGGUCCUCCAGGACCUCCUGGGAUCCCAGGUAUGAAGGGCGAACCAGGUAGUAUAAUUAUGUCAUCACUGCCAGGACCAAAGGGUAAUCCAGGCUAUCCAGGCCCUCCUGGAAUGCAAGGCCCAACUGGUCCCACUGGAAUACCGGGGCCAAUUGGUCCCCCAGGACCACCAGGUUUGAUGGGCCCUCCUGGUCCUCCAGGACUUCCAGGACCAAAGGGAAAUAUGGGGUUAAAUUUCCAGGGACCCAAAGGUGAAAAGGGUGAGCAAGGUCUUCAGGGCCCACCUGGACCUCCGGGUCAAAUCAGUGAACAGAAAAGACCAAUUGAUGUAGAAUUUCAAAAAGGAGAUCAGGGUCUUCCUGGUGACCGAGGACCUCCUGGACCUCCAGGGAUACGUGGUCCUCCGGGUCCUCCAGGUGGUGUGAAAGGUGAGAAGGGUGAGCCCGGAGAACCAGGCAAAAGAGGUAAACCUGGCAAAGAUGGAGAGACUGGCCAACCAGGCAUGCCAGGUUUGCCUGGUGAUCCUGGUUACCCUGGUGAACCAGGAAGGGAUGGUGAAAAGGGACAAAAAGGUGACACUGGCCCAACAGGACCACCUGGACUUGUAAUUCCUAGACCUGGAACAGGUGUAACUGUAGGAGAAAAAGGAAAUGUUGGAUUGCCUGGCUUGCCUGGAGAUAAAGGAGAGCGAGGAUUUCCUGGAAUACAGGGUCCACCAGGACUUCCUGGACCUCCAGGGACUGCGAUUGUAGGUCCUCCUGGACCCCCUGGGUUUCCGGGAGAAAGGGGUCAGAAAGGUGAAGAAGGUCCACCUGGAAUCUCUAUUCCUGGAUCUCCCGGGCUUGAUGGACAGCCAGGGCCUCCUGGCCUUCCGGGGCCUCCUGGGCCUCCUGGCCCUCACAUACCUCCUAGCGAUGAGCUGUGUGAAGCAGGCCCUCCGGGCCCUCCAGGAUCACCUGGUGAUAAAGGACUCCAAGGAGAACAAGGAAUCAAAGGUGAAAAAGGUGAUACCUGCUUCAACUGUUUUGGCACUGGUGUUUCAGGCCCUCCAGGUCAGCCUGGUCUGCCAGGUCUCCCAGGUCCUCCAGGAUCUCUUGGUUUCCCAGGACAGAAGGGUGAUAAAGGAUAUGCUGGUGCAACUGGACCCAAAGGAUUACCUGGCUUGCCAGGAGCUCCAGGUGCUCCAGGCUUUCCUGGAAGUAAAGGUGAACCUGGUGACAUCCUCACUUUUCCAGGAAUGAAGGGUGACAAAGGAGAGUUGGGUGCCCCUGGCGCUCCAGGACUUCCUGGCUUACCUGGCACCCCUGGACAAGAUGGGUUGCCAGGACCUCCUGGCCCCAAAGGAGAGCCUGGUGGAAUUGCUUUUAAGGGUGAAAGAGGUCCCCCUGGGAACCCAGGUUUGCCAGGUCUCCCAGGAACUAUGGGACCCAUGGGCCCUGCUGGCUUUGGCCCUCCAGGCCCAAUAGGUGAAAAAGGCAUACAAGGUGUGGCAGGAAACCCAGGCCAGCCAGGACUGCCAGGUCCUAAAGGUGAGCCAGGUCAAACCAUAACUCAGCCAGGGAAGCCUGGCCUGCCUGGUGUUCCAGGCAGAGAUGGGGAAGUAGGCCUUCCAGGUGACCCUGGACUUCCAGGCCAACCAGGCUUACCAGGCAUACCUGGUAGCAAAGGAGAACCAGGUAUCCCUGGAAUUGGUCUUCCUGGACCACCUGGUCCCAAAGGUUUUCCUGGAAUUCCAGGACCUCCAGGAGCACCUGGGACACCUGGAAGAACUGGUCUAGAAGGCCCUCCUGGUCCACCAGGUUUUCCGGGACUGAAGGGAGAACCAGGAUUUGCAUUACCUGGACCACCUGGACAACCAGGACUCCCAGGUUUCAAAGGAGCACUUGGUCCAAAAGGUGAUCGUGGCUUCCCAGGACCCCCGGGUCCUCCAGGACGCACUGGCUUGGAUGGGUUACCUGGACCAAAAGGUGAUGUUGGACCAAAUGGACAACCUGGGCCAGUGGGACCUCCUGGGCUUCCAGGAACAGGUGUUCAGGGACCACCAGGACCACCAGGAAUUCCUGGACCAGUAGGUCAACCUGGUCUACAUGGAAUACCAGGAGAGAAGGGAGAUCCGGGACCUCCUGGGUUUGAUAUGCCAGGACCUCCUGGUGAAAGAGGCAAUCCAGGACUCCCAGGAACACCUGGUCCUGUGGGACCUCCAGGACCACCAGGGCUCCCAGGAAAAGCAGGUGCCAUUGGAUUUCCAGGUGCCAAAGGUGAAAUGGGUAUGAUGGGACCUCCAGGCCCACCAGGACCUCUGGGGAUUCCUGGAAGGAGUGGCAAUCCUGGUCUUAAAGGAGAUGAUGGCUUACACGGUCAGCCAGGACUUCCUGGUCCAGCAGGAGAAAAGGGCAGCAAAGGAGAGCCUGGCCUUCCAGGACCUCCUGGACCAGUAGAUCCAAAUCUGCUGGGCUCAAAAGGAGAGAAGGGGGAACCUGGCUUACCAGGUAUUCCUGGAAUUUCAGGGCCAAAAGGUUACCCGGGUCUGCCUGGUGACCCAGGGAAACCUGGACUGAGUGGACAGCCUGGAUUACCAGGAUCUCCAGGUCCCAAGGGUAACCCUGGUCUUCCUGGGCAACCAGGACUUACAGGACCACCCGGACUUAAAGGAAACUUAGGUGAUAUGGGUUUCCCAGGUCCUCAAGGUGUGAAAGGGCUCCCUGGACCUCCUGGAGUUCCUGGUCAACCUGGGUCCCCAGGAUCACCUGGGCAGAAAGGAGAAAAGGGUGAUCCUGGUGUUUCAGGCAUUGGUUUUCCAGGUCUUCCUGGCCCAAAGGGUGAACCUGGUCUGCCUGGACGCCCAGGAGAGCCAGGCAUCAAAGGUUCUGUGGGAGUUACUGGUUUGCCUGGGUUACCAGGGGCUCCUGGAGCAAAAGGACAACCAGGCCUUCCUGGAUUCCCAGGAACCCCAGGCCUUCCUGGACCAAAAGGUAUCACUGGCCCUCCAGGAAGCCCUGGCCUCCCAGGAGAACCCGGUCCUGUAGGUGGUGGAGGUCGUCCUGGGUCACCAGGGCCUCCAGGUGAAAAAGGCAAGCCAGGUCAAGAUGGUAUUCCUGGACCAGCUGGACAGAAGGGUGAACCAGGUCAACCUGGUUUUGGAAUCCCAGGAUCCCCUGGACUCCCAGGACUUCCUGGUCAAAAGGGUGAUGGAGGAUUACCUGGCUUGCCAGGAAACCCUGGCCUUCCAGGUCCAAAGGGUGAACCAGGCUUUCAGGGUUUCCCUGGUGUGCAAGGUCCCCCAGGCCCUCCUGGAUCUCCAGGUCCAGCUCUGGAAGGCCCCAAAGGAAACCCUGGGCCUCAAGGUCCUCCUGGGAGACCAGGUCUACCAGGUCCAGAAGGGCCCCGAGGACUCCCUGGAAAUGGAGGUAUUAAAGGAGAGAGGGGAAACCCAGGCCCACCUGGGCAACCUGGCUUGCCUGGUUUGAAAGGAGACCAAGGACCACCAGGACUCCCGGGUAAUCCAGGCAGACCUGGCCUCAAUGGGAUGAAAGGGGAUCCUGGCCUCCCUGGUGUUCCAGGAUUCCCAGGCAUGAAAGGACCCAGUGGAAUGCCUGGUUCAACUGGCCCUGAGGGGGAACCAGGACUUACUGGACCACCAGGUCCUCCUGGAUUACCCGGUCCUUCAGGGCAGAGUAUUGUAAUCAAAGGAGAUGCUGGUCCUCCAGGAAUCCCUGGCCAGCCUGGGUUAAAAGGUCCACCAGGAUUACCAGGACCUCAGGGCUUACCAGGUCCAGUUGGUCCUCCAGGAGAUCCAGGACGCAAUGGACUCCCUGGCUUUGAUGGUGCAGGAGGACGCAAAGGAGACCCAGGUCUGCCAGGGCAGCCAGGUUCCCGUGGUUUGGAUGGACCCCCUGGGCCAGAUGGAUUACAAGGACCGCCAGGACCCCCUGGAACCUCCUCUAUUGCUCAUGGAUUCCUCAUCACACGCCAUAGCCAAACAACAGAUGCACCACAAUGUCCACAAGGAACAGUCCACAUCUAUGAUGGCUUCUCUCUCCUGUAUGUACAAGGAAAUAAAAGAGCUCACGGUCAAGACUUGGGAACGGCUGGCAGCUGCCUUCGUCGCUUCAGUACCAUGCCUUUCAUGUUCUGCAACAUCAAUAAUGUUUGUAAUUUCGCUUCAAGAAAUGACUAUUCUUACUGGCUCUCCACUCCAGAACCUAUGCCAAUGAGCAUGGAACCCCUGAAAGGCCAAAGCAUUGAGCCGUUCAUUAGUCGAUGUGCAGUAUGCGAAGCCCCAGCUGUGGUGAUCGCAGUUCACAGUCAGACCAUCCAGAUUCCCCGCUGUCCUCAAGGAUGGGAUUCUCUGUGGAUUGGUUAUUCUUUCAUGAUGCAUACAAGUGCUGGGGCAGAGGGCUCAGGUCAAGCUCUGGCCUCCCCUGGUUCCUGCUUGGAAGAGUUUCGUUCAGCUCCCUUCAUCGAAUGUCAUGGGCGGGGUACCUGUAACUACUAUGCCAACUCCUACAGUUUUUGGUUGGCAACCGUAGACAUGUCAGAAAUGUUCAGUAAACCUCAGUCAGAAACACUGAAAGCAGGAGACUUGAGGACACGUAUUAGCCGAUGUCAAGUGUGCAUGAAGAGAACAUAACACAAGAAUUCUUCGUGUGUUUUUACCUGUGAUAUGCAUAUAUAUAUAUAUAUAUAUAUAUUUCUCAAAAUGCAAAGUCUCACUCUCUCCAACUUUACCACUGCUGCCACGAAUGGUGCUACUAUAUAUGACCAAGAGAGCAUGCUAACCAGUAACCAUGAAGAUUCAGCCGUACCUCAGCAACGUGCCAGAACAAGUUCUGUAUUAUUUUUAUGUGAAAGAAAUACAAAAACUAAGUUACCUUUUUGGGUCCAGGAGUACUUUUUUCCAAGGACUGCAGGAUGAAGAAUAUGCAUUUUGCCCAGUUAUUAAAAUGGCUCACUAAAAGGUCAAUUAAAAGACAAAUCGCACAGAAUAAAAUAAAUGACUACAGUUUGGGGAAACAAUUUUUUUCAUGGUGCUACUAAUCCUACUGUAUCCAAGGUUUUUCACAUAAAAGUGUUAAGCAUAUUUUGCUCUGUAAGUAAAGAAUGUGUAUAUUGUGUAAACAGUUUUUUAGCUUGAAUUGUUAAAUCAUUUACGUGUGACCUGGCAUGAUUCUCUAUUUACAGAAAAAUGUAAGAAAGCCUAGAAUACAGUUGGAAAGAUUUUAUAUCCUUGUUUAUCAGAGUGAGAGAAUUUAUACUCUUACACCAAGUUACUACUGAGAGUAAAUUUAAGUUUUAUCCCCGAAGUUCUUACUUGACUUUUUAAAAAAUAUAUAUCAUUUUUAGUCACUUUAAUUAUAAUUCUAAAUGUUCGUUGAACAUACCAAAUUCUAAAUAUUAAUGGGAUAAUUUAUUUUUUGGCUGUGUUCUGCAAGACACUCCUAAGAACAAAUGCACCCCAGUUUUAAUAUUUCUUGUAUUAUGUUCUUGCCCACCCUGACUGGACAAAAUUCUCCCCAACAAUUUUGAUAAACAAAAGUACACACAAAAGUUAUAAUAAUAAUAAUAAUUCUUUUUGCUGGUGCUUCUUAUGUAAAAAUUACUCUUCUGUGGUCUCUGCUUGUAUGAGAACUGGGAAGACAACACUUAGUUCAUCUUGUCUAUUCCAUUACAAAAUGUUAGCUGUUUCUGGUUUUUUUUUAUUUUAAGCAUUUCAUUAUCAAUAGCUAUAAGAUGCCUUACCUCCUUAGCAGUUGUCUUCUCACUUAAUGUUUUUUUUAACCCACUAAUAUAAAUUUAAUUAAAGAUAUAUGUCCUAAUGAU